CAAAUGCCCACAAGAAGAUUCCCUUCGAAGAUGCCUUAACCAACAUCACAUUAAAGGACUUAUCAAUUUUCGUGAAAACUUUGUUAGAUAUAAUAAAGACAUUAAUUUUGAAUAUAAUAGACUAAUUAUUAAUUUUCCGGUAGCAUUUAUUCAUGCUACAGAUAUAUUAGACAUUCAAAAUGCUAUUAAAUGUGGAGUAGAAUUAAAUUAUCCUGUUGUUGCAAGAUCAGGUGGCCAUUCUUAUGAAAGCUAUAGUCUUGGAGAUAAAGAUUGUUAUUUAGUUAUUGAUCUUGCAGAUUUAAAUAAAAUUACCAUCAAUAUAAUCUCACAAACUGCUAUAGUCGAAACAGGAAAUUUAAUAGAAUUAUUACAAUAUGAAUUAAACCAGUAUGCAUUUGCAUUUCCAGCUGGAACUUGUUCUUAUCUUGGAGUUGGUGGGCUUGUAUUAGGUGGAGCAGUGGGAUAUCUCAAUCGAAAAUUUGGAACAUUAUCGGAUAAUAUUCUUGAUGCGCAAAUUGUUUUAGCAAAUGGGACAAUAGUAAACAAUGCUAAAGAAUAUCCAGAACUUUUCUGGGCUAUUCGAGGAGCAGGAAAUUUUGAAUACGAUUUAGAUCAGACACCAUUAUUAAUCUCAGUAAUUAAUCAGCUAGGGAAUAAUCUUCAUCGGAAUAUAUCAUUCUUGACUAAGUUGACAACUUUAACAACAAUUCGUGGGAUUUAUCUAGGAUCAGUAUAUGAAAUGCAACCUCAUAUACAAGAAUUUAUUAAAUUGUCCAAACCUAAAA